AUGGCCCUGUCAUUCCUUCUGUUUCUAUGCCUCGCUGUCUUUGCGCUUGCGUGGCCUCAGCUACCGGCCGACGAUGGAACGUUUGGCCUUUCGAUGACAUUACCGGUGCCGGUCACCGGCGGUCAGGGGGAUCAACAUCAGUUCGCCGGCAUCCUCGGCCUCGGUCACGGCCAAAACUACACAGUCACCUACCCGAACAUGAUGGAUGAGCUUGUCGCUCAGGGUGCCAUUCGCACAAAAGCCUACUCACUCGCCCUAGGCUCCAAGACCGAACAGCAGGGCCUCCUUGUCCUUGGCGGCAUCGACACGGCAAAGUACUCAGGUCACCUCGCGGCGCUGCCCGUGAUCCCCGCCGAGCAUGCCCCCGACAGGGUCGCCCGCUUCUGGGUCAACCUCAGAUCCCUCGCCCUGACGCCCCCAAGCGGCGUCACCCGCGCUCCCUACGUUGCUGCCGCCGGCCUCCCCGUCUUCCUUGACAGCGGCGCCACCAUGACCCUUCUGCCACGCGCCCUCGCCGACGCCGUCGCCGCCGACUUUGGUGCCCCGCCUUCCAACUCGUCUGAUGACCCCGAGGCCAGUCACAGCUUCUACGAGGUCGACUGCAGCAUGGCCGACGCCCCCGGCACCCUUGACUUCUCCUUCGGUAGCAGCCUCACCAUCCGUGUGCCCUACGCCGAGAUGGUGCGCCGCACGCGCGCCGACCCGCCCCGCUGCGUCCUGGGCUUCGUGCCCGACGAUGACUUUGCCCUGCUCGGCGACACGUUCCUGCGCUCCGCCUACGCCGUCUUCGACCUCGAGUCUGACGUCGUCUACAUGGCGCAGUACCGGAACUGCGGCGAGCGCCAGAUGGCUGUCCGCAGGGUCCAGGACAUUCACGCCAUUGUCGGCUUGUGCGAGGCGCCGGCGACAGGGGCUGCGCUGGGAGGAAAGCCAGCUCAGCCGUCACAAGCUGUGGCUGCGCCCGACACUACGCCGACGGAGGACGCGACGUCCGUGACCGGGCCGGGCGUCGUGGGUGUGUCUGCGGCUGCCGGCUUGUCAUUAUCUAGAGCUUGGAUCUGGAGCAUAGCGUUUGCUAUGGUUUCGGUUCAUUUGGCGUGA